CAAAAUAUCGCACGCAAUCGCACAUUUAUUGCGCAAUAGUUACACAUGUAUAUGUCACAAGGUCGGAUAUAUAUCAAAAACGAGAUAUAUCAAUAACCAACAACUGCUAUGGACACUUUAGAUGAUAUAUUUGACUUCGAAGCAGCACAAAAACGACAAGAGCGUUGUGAUUUGACAACUAAAAAUGGAAAACCCGAAUUUAGACCCUGGCGUAUCUUCGUCAAUCAUGUCGACAGCUAUCACGGAAAGAUAUUAGUUGAUGUACUGUCAGAGAGCGUAUAUAUCGAUCCGCUAAGUGCGCGUGCAAAUGAGGAAGAUGAAAAACUCGAGGACGACGACAUAGAUCCGAAAGAAAAAGAAGAAGAAAAAGAAGAAGAGAGAGAAAAAAGAAAGCGGCCGGGCAAGAGUCCGGAGGUUUCGAGAAAAUACGAAGUGAUCGGUACAGUUCUGGAUCGCGAAUACUCGUGCUCGGAGAAUGUGACAGUGAUUAAAAGACACUCGGACAACAAAGACGCCUUUUUAUCGGAGCUAAUCACCUGCGGUGUGAUUAUCUACGAUAUUACUCAGGAUCCAGGUCAAAUCGAAGAGGCAUGCUGGAUUCUGAAAGAAAUCGUUCGCACUCUAGAAGGUAUGGAGAAGAAAUCGCCAAAAGCGUUCGAACGAGAAGAACCAACACGACACUUUAUUUUGAUCUCCACCAUCAUGACAUGGGCUCGCUCGAAACCGUUAGAUCCAAGAGCUGCGGAUUUACCGUUCACAGAAGCCGGCUAUCGUAAACGGAAAGCUCAUCCGAAUUACAAAGAACACAUGCGAUGCGAACGGGAGUUUGUGGCGGUGAUGAAAAUUGCCAACUUAAAGAAUAAAUUAAAAAUCGUGGUUAUUUGCUGCGGCAUCACGUACGGCGAGGAACAAGGUCCGCUUCAUUAUCUCUUCAAAAUGGCCUGGCAGAACGCGCCUUUCCUACCGGUAUUUGGCAACGGACAGAAUUUAAUACCUCUUUUACACGUUCGCGAUUUGGCCUCAACAGUAUCCGCGGUAGUGCAAAAUUGGCCACCGGUUUCGUAUAUCGUGGCCGUGGAACGAAAACUAAUCUCUCAAGAUGAAAUCGUUAAGUGUAUCAGUCGGGGUCUUGCCACUGGUAAGAUAAAGAGUGUUACAAAGGAAGAAGCUCUUUCAAUACCGGAAGUUUCCCAACACGUGUACGAUCAAAUGACGGUGAAUUUGAACGUUAAUCCCGUGUACAUCAACGAUCGAAUACAGUGGCACUUCGGGUUGCCAUUUCAAGACGUCAUAGACGCAGUUGUAGAGGAAUACAAAAGUUCACGUGGUUUACGACCAGUGAAAAUAAUCGUCCUUGGUCCGCCGGCGUCCGGGAAAACGCGGAUCGCGCGAUAUCUCGCGGAUCAUUAUGGGAUACACUACGUUCACGUGAAAACAUUAAUUUCCGAUACAAUCCAGAAAUUGGUCGACGACAUCGAAACUGCGAAGUCAGACGAAGGGCGACAAGAUGACCUCAAAGAUACAACGAAAGAUGAUACGCGGGAAAGGGAUCGAGAAGAACAGGUGAAGGGAGAACGGAAAGAAAAAGAGGCCGUCGUAAAAAAGUUGCAGAAACAACUUGAUGAGAUCCGGGCCAACAUGGCAGCAAAUAAUGGCCGUCUCGACGACAUCGUUCUGACCAAAUUGUUCCUGAACCGGUUGAAGUCCAAGGACUGUUUGAAUCAAGGAUACGUGAUGGAUGGUCAUCCGAAAACUCUCGAACAAGCGAGAAUGCUCUUUCUGAUCGGGGAGAAAGAUCUCGAUAAAGGUGAAGAGGUAUUUGAGGAUGACGGGAACGUUAACUGGACGAUAUUGCCAGAGUUGGUCGUGGUUUUAGAGGCGAGUGACGAGUUUCUGAAGGAGCGAGUCAUGAAUCUUCCGGAGAGCGAGAUACAGGACACUCGUUACACGGAGGAGCAUAUGUUACGACGUCUGAGAGAGUACAGAGAGAGAAACACAGACGAUAACACACCGCUACAAUUAUUCGACGAAAUGGAAAUUCACCCAGUCGUCAUCUUUGUGGAAGCUGACACUUGUCCAGAUAUGUUUCCUACGGUUUAUCAAUGUCUGGAAAAGCUCGGAAAACCAAGAAAUUACGGGCCAACUGCUGAGGAAAUGGAAGCGGCACGAAAGCGCGCUGAAGCAAAAUCGCGGGCUGCUGAAGCUGCAGAAAAAUUGCAGAGGGAACGAGAAAUUUCAGAAUGUAAACGGCUGCGCGAACAGAAAAUGAUAGAAUGGGAGAAUUUGGCGAAGAAGUUGAAAGCGGAGGAAGAGGAAAGGCUUUGUAUCUUGGCUGAGCCAAUGCAGAAGUAUCUCGCAAAGUACGUUUUACCAACGUUGACGCAAGCUUUGAUAGAAGUUGCGGAGCUACGCCCGGAGGAUCCGAUAGAUUUUCUCGCCGAGUAUUUAUUCAAAAAGAAUCCUGAGGGGAAAAUGUUCGAGCCGGAUUACUCGGAAACAAUGAGCAUGCUCUUGGAUGCUAUCGGCCGGCAACAAAGCGAUAUCCUUCCGCAAGAAGAUUUGAAGACUGACGCGGCGCAAUAUUUAGACACCGUGAAGAAAAUAGAAAAAAAAAAAAACAGAACGCAGGACGUGUGUGCGGAGAUCUAAAAGCGACAGUAUCGAUUUCUGAACAAAUCUCCGAAAAGAUCGGUGGUUGUGAAAAAAAAGAGAUCGAAUUUGACGGAUUUUCG